GUGAAGGUGCAUACUUCGCAAUAUUAUUUAAAGUACAGCUUACAUUCUAGAGGUCUUUUUGAAACUUGAUGAAGUUGAGAGUGCUAAUAAAGUAAUAUGAUAUUCCUGUCCAAGAAUGGCUGAGAAGGAGAGAUUGUAACCAAUUGUACAACAUCAGAAGUUUGGACUCCACAAGCUGCCUCUAAAAAUCAUUCCACUCUUCAACAUGUGUGUCACUUGACAAUAUAGGGAAGUUAAUGUGUAGAAUUGUUUUAUUGAUGAGGAAAAAUAAAAUUGUGUCACCAUGAUGGACUUUGAUGAGCUAGCAGCAGAUGAGAGUAGUGUUGAUGUAAUGAUCCACCGAGCAGACAGUUUCUAUGGCAAUCAGGCUCUGCGAAACAUGGAUGAUCUGAGGCAGGUCGGAAAGCUGUGUGAUGUCAUCUUAGAUAUUGAAGGAACCCGAAUACCAGCGCAUCGGAUUGUGCUAGCAUCCUUCUGCCAGUAUUUCUAUGCCAUGUUCACAGGGGAAAUGAAAGAAGCAGGACUAACAGAGAUAUCUAUGAAGGAGGUGAAUCCGCGAGCCAUGGAACAACUCAUAGACUAUGCAUACUCAGGCGAAUUGAUGAUUCACAUAGAGACUGUUCAAGCUUUGUUGAACACAGCAUCCAUGUUACAGCUCCCUGAUGUACAAGCCUCUUGCUCAGAGUUCCUCAAGAAACAACUCCAUCCUGCAAACUGCCUUGGAAUAAGAAACUUUGCCGAUGCUCACACAUGUACUGAUCUCAAGCUGGCCUCGGGACACUACGCAGUGACACAUUUCAGUGAAGUAGCCUAUGAAGAAGAGUUCCUGCAGCUUAGUAAGGACCAGCUCUCAGAGCUGCUCCGAUGUGAAGAUUUAAAUGUAACAAGUGAAGAAGAAGUCUAUAAUGCAAUAAUAAGAUGGGUGUAUCACAACAAAGCCAGUCGAGGUGACCACAUUGCUGAACUCCUGCAGGAGAUUAGGAUGCCUCUGUUGUCUCCAAGGUUCCUUGUUGAUAUCGUCGAGGCUGAAGAACUGAUCAAACAGGACAUGAAGUGCAGGGACCUGUUAGAUGAAGCUAAGAACUAUUACAUGCUUCCAGAGAGGCGUAAUGGUAUGAAACUCACCCAGAUCACCCCAAGGAAGUCCACUGUUGGAUCAAUUUAUUGUGUUGGAGGGAUGGACAGCACUGGGCACUCCUUGAGUCAUGUUGAGAGACUUAAUCUACUUAGUGGGAGGGUUAGCAUUGAAGCCAGUAUGAACACCCCUCGGAGUGGAGUUGGAGUAGCUGCCUUAGAUGGUAAAUUGUAUGCAAUAGGUGGCUAUGAUGGAGGGAAUUACCUUAGCACUGUAGAGAUGUUUGAUCCAUCUACUAGGAUGUGGCAUAGGGUAGCAUCAAUGCACCAGGUCAGGAGAUAUCACUCAGUGGCUAUUCUUGAUAGACAGCUGUUUGCUGUAGGUGGCUAUGAUGGCUCCACUGUCCUUGAUACUGUAGAGGCUUAUGAUCCCCGUACAAACCGCUGGAGAAGGAUAGCAAGUCUUGAUGGUAAACGUCGUCAUGCGGGUGUGGCAUCUCUUCAUGAUUGUAUGUAUGCUACAGGAGGUAGCAAUGGUACUCUUUAUCUACAAGGUUGUGAAAAAUAUGAAUUAAGAAUGAACAGGUGGUUACCUAUUGCCAGUAUGAGUUGUAAGAGAGGUGGAGUUGGUUUAGGAGCUGUAGGUGGUAGACUGUAUGCCUCUGGAGGUUAUGAUGGUCAAUCUAAUCUCAACACAGUGGAGAGAUACUAUCCAGACGAAGAUAGAUGGACCUGUAUGGCUCCGAUGUCGGAAUGUCGGAGUGGUCAUGGCGUCAGCGUGCUAGGUUCCACCAUGUAUGCUGUAGGAGGUCAUGACGGAGUGCAUUAUCUCAACACAGUGGAGGCAUAUGAUACCCAUUCAGGUGAAUGGCAUCGGAACAAACCCAUGGGUACGAGUAGGGCAGUGGUUGGUAUCGCAAUACUUACUAACAUUCCUGUUACAAAUGUUUGAUCCUGCUCAUCUAUCUUUCUGACCUGUAUGACGGAAUUUUCGUCCACAGUGAACAAGAGGACAUACUCAAAAAGGUAGUUUAUAAUUACUAAGAUUCUGUGUGCAAUAUGCAGUACACAGAUUUUGUUGUUGGUUCAGAUGCAUUUAGACCACUGUACACCUUAAGAAUGGUCUACAACCUGAUUUUAAAAGAAACAGUAUUUUGCAUAUUUUCUAAUGAUAUAAACAUAGAAUGAUAAUUGAUAUUAGAGGUUAAGGAUAACUAUUAAAUUAGUAAUUUCAAAAUUUUAAAUUUCAAGCUUAUAGUUUACAAUGACCAGUGACUAUAAAUCGUACCGAAUCGUAGGGUUGCCAUGAUGCUUAUUACAAUUCUGUACAUUGAAAUCUGAUUUUAUACCCAGCACAAAGAAUAAACAUUUUUAUUUAAGUAUUUGUAUGAUAAUUCAGAUUUGUAGAAUGUCCCUGUUCAAAUAUUUUCAAUUGUUGUGCACAGUGAUCUUUCAUAGAGCAAGUGAAUUUCUGUAUAAUGGCCAGUGAGGAUGAUAUCAGAUCCUGUCAAAAUCUAUGUCCUUCCAAGAUAUAGGUUUUCUGGAGGGUCCCAUGACAUUUGCUCUGGCGACAAUUGCUCCACUAUAUAAAUUUCACACACCAAUAGAAUGACUGACUUCAAUCUUGGAUUUACACUUAUACCCUACCCUAAACCCAUCAUAAAACCCUAUUGCAACCCUAACCCUAUUCCUAUAUCCAUACCUGCCAACCAGUACUUCUUUGACGUAUUUAGUACAUUUUUGCAACCAAAAUACAGCAGUAGGUUUUUUCAUUUAAAAAUGUUUUU